CAACAAACUCAAAAUCCUCUUCUCAGGAAGUUUUAACUAAUUCGAUUCUGUUGCAACCCAAUUAUUUUUAGACUGAGAUUAUACCUUAUUUGAAAGAUUCUCUCGCCAUUGCCCAGUUUUUUGCUAUAUUAACUAUUUUUUUAACAGAAGUAGUGGCUUUUUAUUAAUUGGGAUUUCUUCAUUUCUAUUCUCUAUGUGUUUUUUGGAGAAAAACCUUUCAUCUACCAUGCAAAUCAAGAAACUGGUGUCUUUGCCCUCUCGUUCUGGGAGAGAUUUGCAACGCUACAAUCAGGGAUAUCGUCAAGUUGUUGGAUGCAUUCCAUAUAGAUAUCGGAAAACCAACAAAUCCCAAGAAGAAUUAGAAGUUCUUUUGAUCAGUUCCCAAAAGAGUUCAAAAAUGAUGUUCCCUAAGGGUGGUUGGGAAAUUGAUGAGGAUAUUCAAUUGGCAGCUUCAAGAGAGACCUUGGAGGAAGCUGGUGUAAUUGGCUUGCUUGGGGAAAAAUUAGGGGAAUGGAUUUUUAAGAGCAGAAGCCAAGAAAAGUUUCAUGAGGGAUCCAUGUUUCCCUUGCUUGUAACCGAGGAACUCGAUGUUUGGCCCGAGAAAGAAGUCCGUCAACGAAUUUGGAUGACGGUAAACGAAGCCAAAGAAGUAUGUGCGCAUUGGUGGAUGAAGGAAGCUUUGGAUGAGUUAAUUCGUCAAUUAACGUGUAUGCAAAGGAAGGAAGAAGAACCUUUGGGGUUGUGUAGAUUAGAAUACCACAGAAGCGAAGAAUCAAGAAUGAGCAUUGGAGACCUCAAAAUGCAAACAAAGAAGUCGAUUAUUACUUAAUUAUUUGAAGGUGCGAAUCCGUGCAGGAGUCUAUUUCUCCACUAUUGUGAACUUUCAAGCAACUGCGGAAACUUAUUACUCGAAAAUGUGGAGUUCAGAUGGAAGUUGGGGAGGGAGGGAGGGAGAAGUUGAUAUGGAAAUAGGGAGAAGAUUUUGACUCGAUUCUUUUAUUCGUUUAUUCUUCUUAAUUCUAACUAUAUUCUUUCUUCUUUCUUAGUAGUUUCAUCGUUAUAGGAUGCUUGAAAUGUCUCUAAGAAGUUGUAAAGAACGCCAGUACUGAAUAUAGGUUUCUUUAGAAAAUUAGUGUGAAUGGCCCUGACUUUCGGAUUUCCAAAUUGUGUUGCUGAUGAAUAUAUUCUAAGAAACUUUUGCGGUAUCAUUCGGAUUCAGAUGCCUUUGAAACAGUUGCAUCGGAAGAUUAUUCUACUGACGUAUUUUUUCAA